AUGUACAACGGUAUCGGGCUUACAACCCCACGAGGCAGUGGUACGAAUGGAUAUGUAGUGCGCAACUUGUCAGCGUUGCGAGUCCACGAAACGGCCGCAGACAGAGCAAGCGCGUGGGACGUAGCACCGCCGAAGCAUCGAGAGCCAGAUGCAGAGAUUCUUGAGCAUGAGCGGAAGCGCAAGGUGGAGGUGAAAUGUUUGGAGCUGCAGCUUGACCUGGAGGAGAAAGGGCUUGAAGAAGACGAGAUUGAAAAACAGGUGGACGAGCUGCGGGUGAAGCUGCUCGCCAACUUGAAUGCGCUUGGCUCCAACGCGAAGAACCUGAAGCCAUCCGACACCCAUGGCAUUGCUGCGGCCAAAAAAGAAGAACUGAGCAAGCUGGCGAGGGCGCUCGGCACUCGCAGCGACUACACGGAGGGCGAGGCUUUUGACAGGGAAAAGCAAGAGGAGUUAAAGAUACGCCGAAUGGCCGAGAGAGAAGAUAGGGAGCGACAGAGGGAGGAA